AUGGCAGUGAAGGUGUUUGUGAACCAUGUGGACUUGUACACGGGCGUUGCCCUGACACAGCUCUUGAGCGAGAGCGUGGUGGGCGCAACGGUGGAGGGCUUGGACGAGGAUGAGGAGGAAGAGGACCUGCAGAGCGAGGGCGCGGCACGGUCGGAAAAGACGGAGGAGAAGUACACCGUGAUCGGCACGCUCAGCAACCCCGAAGCCACCAUCCCGAAAGGCGUCGAAACCAUCGUUCAGGCUGCAGACCGCGCUGCGCUGUUGGAUGCCAUCAUGGACUGCCAGUACAUCAUUUACGACAUCUCCAAGAGUGCCGAGCAAGCAGAGGAGGCUGGAUACAUCGUCUCAAAGAUCCACGAGCAGCUGGACAACUGGGAGGGCCAGAAGACAUUUGUGUGCCUCUCCACCAUCAUGACAUGGGCCAACACCAAGCCCAUCGACCCGGAGGACGACGAGGCACCGUUCCAGGAGGGCGACUACCGCAAGCGGCGCGCACACAAGAACUUCAAGGCACACAUCGACACAGAGAAGCUGGUGACAAAGUGCGGCAAGAAGACGCGCGGGAAACUGGGCACCUUUGUUGUGGCGUCGGGUCUCCCAUAUGGGAUGGGGGAGGACACGUUCCACCCGCUGUUCCGCAUGGCGUGGGAGCUGAAGGUGCCGGCGCUGCCCAUCUACGGCUCGGAACAGUCGCUCGUGCCAACCAUCCACGUCAAGGACCUGGCAAACAUCGCACUGCACAUCCUCGAGGGCCACGCGGAAACGCGCUACAUGCUUGCGAUUGACGAGGGCCAGAGCACGAUCAGGGAGCUGACUAUGACGCUUGCCACGCGUCUUGGGCCCGGCACUGCCGUCGCUGUCACAGCAGAGGAGGCGUUUCUGGAGGAGGAUGUCACCCAGGUUGAGUUUGACAUGCUCACCGUCAACCUGCGCAUGGAGCCCGCGAGCGUCGCCGACAUGCCCUUUGAGUGGGUGUCGCGUGAAGGAUUCGUGGAAAACAUUGACACGACAAUCACUGAAUACAAGAAGAAACGCAAUUUGACGCCCGUGAAGAUGUGCGUGCUUGGUCCUCCUGCGUGUGGCAAGACGGCCCUCGCUCGCAUGCUGAGCGACAUGUACAAGCUGCCGCGCAUCGGCGCCGACACCGUUGUCCAGGACACCAUUGAGGAGCUCAAGAGAAGCGCCGCCCGCCUUGAGUCUGCUGAAGAGGACGCAGACAUGGAACAGGUGCAAUGUAGUCGGUGUAGGACGUUGUCCUUGUUGGUGGUGGUGGUGAUGGUGGUGGCGUGGUGUGGUGUCCACGGUGUUUACGUAUGUGCAAACAAAGCAGCACAAGCAUGUUUGCACGCUGGUUUUGUGUUUGCGCUGGAUGCGGAGGAUGAGCAGCUGAAGGAGCGCGUGCGUCAUCUGCAGCAGGAGGAAGCAGAGGCCCUCCAGGCAACAGAGACAGAGUUUCUUGAGCGGCUGAGCGCGUACCGCGCCGCCAACACAGAGGACACAACCGUUCUCAACUUCUUCGACUUCCACGAAAUCCACCCCAAACACCUUGAUGCGAUUGCAAACACGACGGAGGACCUUGCCAAGGCGGUGCGGGCGACGGUGGGCGCACCGCAUAACUACGGCCCGACGAAAGAGGAGCGUGAGGAGAUGGAGAGGCUUGCUGCCGAGAUUAAGGCGCAAGAGGUGGCGCGUGCAGCGCGGGAGCAAGCGGAGAAGGAGACGAUUGAGGAAGCGAAGCGCAAGGGUGCGCAGGCCAUGUGGGAGGCCAAGGUGCAAGAGAUCAAGAAGCAGCAGCAGGAGGCACUGGAUGAGGCCGCACUGCCGCUCAGAACAUUCCUCAUGCGACACGUCAUGCCAACCCUGACAGAGGGUCUGCUUGAUGUGUGCAAAGCAAAGCCCGACGAUCCCGUGGAUUACCUGGCCGAGUUUCUGUUCCGCAACAACCCGCAAAUCGACUGAUUGUGCAUGGACGCAAACGUGCCUGGUUUGUGCAUGCGUAUGUGCGUGUCGCGGUGUGAUGCUUGCCCCUUCGUCCCUCCCCUUCUUUCUCUCUCAUCAUCUGUGGAUGCUCCAAUCCUGUGCCAGCGACCAUGUCCAUGUGAACAGUGCCACACCCCUCGUGUUCACGCUCUUGUUUCUUUUGUCUCUUCUCCCACCACUGGCUGUUGUUGGAUUUGCUGGCUGUUGUUGUCUGCUUGUGUGCGGCUGACGCGUGCGUAUCAGUUUCAUUUUUUUGUAGUUCAAACACUGUUAAGACUGACCGACCGACUGUGGACACAAGUGGAAGCAACUGAUACCUCGACGAAAACGCCACACACACACACACACACACACACAUUGCCAAGUGGUGAGUGGUGGUUGGAGCGGGGUGUUAUUCGCAUUUGUACGUGGCAAGCGAGAAGAAAAAAAAUCAGAAGCGGC